UGCUAUUUUGGUAUAUUUUGCAACUGGAUGGAAAAGUCUUUCAGCAGAGGAAACCUAAAAUACAUAAGCUAUUGCAAACACGUUAUUUGUGGGAUGCUUAAGAUAUUCAAAGGUGUGAAAUGUCCGAAAGUGAACGAACAGAAACAAGUCAUGCUAUAGCAGUGACUUUAAGUGAUAAUCAAGGUUGUUCUGGCAGUGCUGGUCCUCCCACUUCCACUGUUUCUGUUGGUAAUGAUAACUCUUGUGCUACAAAACCAGAAAGGGGAGAGCACUCUGGACCUACUCCCCAGGGUGGCUGGCCUUUAGAAGGAUUUGAGGACAAAAAUCCAUUUAGUGGUUUUUCUGAGGAGCACAUGAGCAAGCUGGACGAAUUUCUGUCCUCCGAAGAAGCUAGAAAGAUUCUUCAACAGACAAACGAAGGCGAUUUCACCGAGACCAUGGCCCAAGUGGCAGGUUUGGACAGUAGUCAGGAUUCUGCUAACACCAGUGAAGACCUUCUGACACUUGAUAUGUUUGAUAAGUCAGAUGAUAGAUCAUCAGCUUUCUCUGACCAUGCCUAUGCCCUCCCUUCCUACCAAAUGCCCAAGCCACCGGCAGUAGUGUUACAGACUUCAAGCACACCAUCAUCCUCCCCACGCAAGAGUGCACGCAUCGCCAUUCGUAAGGGGCAGAAUGAUGAUGUUGAUGAAGUGAAGGAUGUUGAGCAGACACGCGAGGAUGUUACUGUAGAAGUAAAGGUUCAGGUGGAAGAGGUUGUUGAGGAGGUAGAGGAGCAAGAAGAGACUCCUAGUCGGGGCCGAGGACGUCCAAAGGGAAGAAAGGUGGAACAGUCACAGCUCAGUAUCAGGCGGUCGACCAGAAUCGGUGACCAUGAACAGCGUGAAAUGGCAGAGAAGAUAUUACAGGAAAAUAGACAAAGAGAGAAGGAGGCUUUGGAAGCUCUGCAGACUGGAAAGGCUGGAGAGAAACAAGACGACAGAAAGACACCUGUUAGAAAAGGUGGUCGAGGACGCAAAGCUGCAACCAAGACAGACGAUGAAGAACAGGUUCAGGAAAGUGAGGGGGAGAAGGAAGUUAAAAAUGCCAAAGGGAGAAAAAAACCAUAUAAAAAGACAAAGAAAAAUGACAUAGAUGAAAACAGUGAUGAUGAGGAUGAAGAUGAUGAUGAUGAGGAGGAGGAGGAGGAGGAAGAAGUUGCUGAUGAGAAAAAGAAUACAAGAAAGACUGGCAAGAAAGGUGUGAGAUCAAAAGGGAAAAUGGUGAAAGCUGGGGACGAAGAUAAGAGUGAUGGAGACAAUGAAGACAGUGAAAAAGAAAUCAAAACAACUCGAGGUUCUAAGAAAAAAGCAGUAGUGAAAGGAAAAAAAGGAGGGAAGAAACUAGCCAAAAAGGAAGAAGAAAGUGACAAUGAAGAGGAAAGUUCUCCCAAACAGAAAGGGAAGAAAAGAGGAGGAAAGAAAGGGAAAAUGGAAAAAGAAAACAGUGAAGAUGAAGACGAGGAAACACCUAAAGGCAAGAAAAAAGGAGGGAAAAAAGGAAAAGUAGAGAAAGAAAGUAGUGAGGAUGAAGAGGAGGAAACACCUAAAGGCAAGAAAAAAGGAGGGAAAAAAGGAAAAGUAGAGAAAGAAAGUAGUGAGGAUGAAGAGGAGGAAACGCCUAAAGGCAAGAAAAAAGGAGGGAAAAAAGGGAAAAUGGUGAAAGACGGAAGUGAUGAUGAAGAGGAAGAAACGCCGAAAGGCAAGAAAACUAGAGGAAAGAAAGGAAAAAUGGUGAAAGAGAAAGAAAACAGUGAGGAUGAAGAGGAGGAAACACCUAAAGGCAAGAAAAAGGGAGGGAAAAAAGGAAAAGUAGAGAAAGAAAGUAGUGAGGAUGAAGAGGAGGAAACACCUAAAGGCAAGAAAAAAGUAGGGAAAAAAGGAAAAGUAGAGAAAGAAAGUAGUGAGGAUGAAGAGGAGGAAACACCUAAAGGCAAGAAAAAGGGAGGGAAAAAAGGAAAAGUAGAGAAAGAAAGUAGUGAGGAUGAAGAGGAGGAAACACCUAAAGGCAAGAAAAAAGUAGGGAAAAAAGGAAAAGCAGAGAAAGAAAGUAGUGAGGAUGAAGAGGAGGAAACGCCUAAAGGCAAGAAAAAGGGAGGGAAAAAAGGAAAAGUAGAGAAAGAAAGUAGUGAGGAUGAAGAGGAGGAAACGCCUAAAGGCAAGAAAAAAGGAGGGAAAAAAGGAAAAGUAGAGAAAGAAAACAGUGAGGAUGAAGAGGAGGAAACGCCUAAAGGCAAGAAAAAGGGAGGGAAAAAAGGGAGAAAGAAAGUGAUAAAGAAGGGACAGAAGAAGCAGGAAAGUGAAGAAGAGGAAGAGGAGAUCACACCCAAAGGGAGAAAGAAACUUUUUAGAAAAGGAAAGAAAAUUAAAGACAGUGAAGAAGUAAAACCAACUCCAAAAGGAAGGAAAAAAACUGAAAAGGAAAAUGGGGAAAGUGAUGAGGAGGAUUCACCUGUCAAGGGGAAACCUAAGAGAGGAAGGAAAGCUAAGGCGAGGGAUGAUGACAGUGUUCAGGAAGAAAAAGUUAGUCCAUCAAAAGGAACAAAAGGGGCAAGGAAAGGAAGGAAAGUAGCAGUUAGUAAAACAGUAAAAGCAGGAGAGAGCAGUGAAGAGGAAGAAAUGCCAAAAGCAGACAAAAAGAAAGGAAAGAAAGUUAAGGAUGAUGAAGAUGCAACAGAACCUGUUACAAAAGGAAAGAAAAAGAAACAGGAAGUUAUGGAGGAAGAUCCAACAGAAAGGAAGGGGAAAGGAGAUAUAAAAUCAGUGAUAAAGGGAGAUAAAUUGGAAGUGAUGCAAAAGAAAACUAUUGAAACGAAAACUGUUAGAGCAGGAAAUAAAAAAGAGGAAAAUAUAAAGGAAUCACCAGCUUCAGAUAGAAGGAAAAGUGGACGGGGAAAAGCUACAGAGACACCUACGGUUGUCAUGGAAAGGACAGGAAAGAAAGAAAGCCCAGGUGAGGAACAAGAGGAUACAACUCCUAAACAAAGGAAAGGCUUAGGUAAGAGAAAGGAGGACUUGAAGGACACCCCCAGUGGAGGGAAAAGGAGGAGGACAAUUUCAGAGAAGGAAGAAGUUUCUGUGAAAGGGAAAGAAGGAAAGGAUUCUCAUAGAAAGAGACUAGAUUCUGUAGAUUCCAAAAUGAGUGAGGAAUCUGCUGUACAGAAAGUCACUCCAAAACCUGUGAAGAAGAAGCCACGGAAGUCUGAGGAGAUUGUUAUAGAUCCAACUGUCAUGGAUUUGUUUAAACCUGACGGAGUCAUUCAGGAAAAACAUGACACAAUGGAUAGUGUAGAGGUUAAGGGUCAUCAACCUACACAGUCUGAGAUGUCCAAGGACAAAGUAGAUGUUCAACAAGAGAGUAAAGUGUCAGAGAGCCAUUGUUUGACUAUAGCUGAUUCUGAUACCAAAAAAGACAGCAAAAAUAAAGUUGUUGACCUUAUUGAGGAUGUUAAAGUUGAAAAGGACAAUAUGGAAUCUGAAGCUAUUGUUUCAAGUGAUAAAACAAUAGGUGUGAGUGAAAACAUGGAUUUUACUAAAACCGGUGCUGAUGCUUUGACAGUAGAGGAUACCAUUAAACAGGAUAAGCAGGAGCAGGUGGCAACACAUGUACAAACUCCAGAGAUUAAGUGUGAAAGUGAUUUUGUAACAGAUGCUGACAAAACUCAUAUUAAAGAGACAGUCAGCAGUAGUGUUCAGAUCCAACCUCAGAUAAUAGAGGCUGUCGGUGAUAGUGUUCAGAUCCAACCUCAGGUAAUAGAGGCUGUCGGUGAUAGUGUUCAGAUCCAACCUCAGAUAAUAGAGGCUGUUGGUGAUAGUGUUCAGAUCCGACCUCAGAUAAAAGAGGCUGUCGGUGAUAGUGUUCAGAUCCGACCUCAGAUAAAAGAGGCUGUCGGUGAUAGUGUUCAGAUGGAAACUAAGGAUAGAGUUGAUUCUGUUUGUAAACAGGAGGUGACUGCUGUUGAUACAGAAAGUGAGAAAUGUUCGCUUUCUGAACAAGCCCUCAUGAGUGACAAAGGCUCUGGUGGUGUUUCUAAUGAAGGAAGUGCUGUGAUUUCACAAACUAAAGAGGAGAUAACUCCCGAAGUGAAAGUUCAGGAAAAUAUAGAUUCUUCAGUUGAAUGUUCAAAAAUUACAGAGGUAAAAUUACAGAAGGUACCACAACCAACUGUAAUAAAUGACAAUAAUUUGAACACUCCAAAAACUCAAGACUCAAAGACUUUACUUAAAGAGGUUGAAGGUCAAAAUACGCCCACAAGUGGCAGUGAUAUAGAGGUCAGACAGAAAAGAGAAAGAAAACCAAAAACAUAUUCCUUUCCUUAUGAAAUUCCUGAGAGAAAUCAAAGAAAGGAGAAGAAACAAAAAGUUAAAGAAAAGAAGAAAACUACAAAAACUAAACCAUUAAAGGUUGGAAAGUCAUCACAGGCAGAUCUAGAAAGUGGAGAUGACGGUGAUCUGAGUUAUGAGGAUGAUGAGAAUGAUUCAGACUAUGAACCUCCCGAUCAACUUUACUGUAUUUGUAACCAGCCCCAUGGUAACAGAUUUAUGAUCUGCUGUGAUAAAUGUGAAGGCUGGUUCCAUGGUAACUGUGUUAACAUGACUAAAGCCCGUAACAAGGAAAUGGAAGAGAAUGGGGAGGAAUAUAUUUGUCCAAUCUGUACUGGUGAUCAUAAAGGUCCAAAGCUAAAGACAAAGGGUCCCGAAAAAUCACCAGAUUCUAGAAAAGAAUCUACACCUAAAUCCAAAGAUGAGGAGAGAGUGAAAAAGGAGAGCACACUGCCCAAAAUACCCAAAAAGGAAAAUAAAUGUGAGGUUUCUUCUGUCAAAGGGGAAAAAUCUGUCUCAACUAAAGAGUCUCGUCACAACAGUAGUGAACAUCGACAUCGAUCAUCAUCAAAAGACGAAAAAAGUGGAGGAGAUAAAUCUCGUUUGGAGAGAAAGUCAUCUGAUGAUCGAUCUCGAGGGCGACAUCACGACAAACACCACAGCUCUGAACGCAAACACUCAACAGAUGGGAAAUCAGGAGAAAGACGUUCAUCAACUUCAGGUCACCAUGACGAUAAGACAAAACACAAGCAUCACUCUGGACAGAAGUCUUCAGAUUCUCACAGACGUGACUCAAGUCACGGGCAUCACUCAGGACAAAAAUCAUCAGAAUCUCACAAACUUGACUCUAGUCGAAAGAGUUCUGUAGGCCAUAGUGUUAAAUCUCCAGUUCUUAAGUCCCCUGGUGUCUUGUCUACUGAUACACGUACUCCCGAUAAAUCUCAUGGUGAUAUACAUAGAAGAUUGUCCUCGGGUGGAGACAGAAAUCUAAAAAAUAUUAAGGAGAAAAGAACGCUGCAGAAAUGUGUCGGUCCAGGCUGUAAAAAAGAUGCUGUGUAUGGGACAGUUUACUGUUGUACGGACUGUAUCAUCAAACAUUCUGAUGAGUCACUCAAAAUCAUACGCAAGGAUCAAGAGGACCAGGGCAUUAAGUUGAAAGACAAAUCGGAGAGGAAAGUCUACGUCCUUGAGAAAAAGACUGGACGAAUACUGACAGGUAACAACGCUCCAACUGAGGCCAAUAUCAAAAUCUGGCUGGAGAGUCACCGGUCUUUUGAAAUCCUUUGUCCCACCAAGAAACCAUCCACAUUCUAUGGAAGCAAGGAGAAAGAGAAACAGAAAGAUCGGGAAAAGCAUGUCACUGAGAAGGAGAAACCAAAGCCAGAAGAACCAAAGGAAGUAAAGAAGGCUGAUGAAGGUCCUGAUCCAGUCCGACUAAAUGUCAGAAAAUCCCUCAGGGAUGCUCUCACACACAGGGCUGGCAAGGCUGACGACAUGAUGCUUUCUAACAGUGAGAUCAAGUCACUAGCAUUGAGUGUAGAAGGAGAGCUCUUCAAAUGUUUCAAGGAUACCAACACCAAGUAUAAAGCAAAAUAUAGAAGUCUUAUCUUUAAUCUGAAGGACUCGAAAAAUCAGGGUUUAUUCAGGAAAGUGUUGUCUGGUACCAUAAAGCCUCACAAACUUGUACGUAUGACUGCGGAGGAAUUGGCCUCCAGGGAACUAGCCAUGUGGCGAGAAUACGAAACAAAACAUAAUCUAGAGAUGAUUGAGAUGACAGAGAAAGAGCACAUGAAUGAACAGCACACAAUUGUGAAGAAAACUCACAAAGGGGAGGUCACUCUGGAGGAGGAAGAUCUAAGUACAUUAGAUUCGAAACCAGAGAUCAACAAACAGAAAUCAGAAACCCCAGAAGAUGCUCCCAAGGCAGACAUCUUGUCAGAGUUAAUUGUCAAUGACACAACUUCCCAACACAAGCAGCAUUUGUUUGACCUCAACUGUCAGAUCUGUACGGGCAAGAUAGCUCCACCAGCUGAGCAGGAACCAGUUUCCAAAAAAGUGAAGGUUGCCCGCCGACCCACUGUAGAGGAUUCCGAAGAAGAAGAAAAAACUGAGGCAGCAUCAUCUAAGAAAACUGUGGAAGAACAAAAGAAGGCAGAGCAAGUUGUCAAAGAAGUAUUGAAAGCAAUACAGAAAGCCAAGAUCCAGACUGACAAAACUCCUCCCAUUGUGGAUUCUACAGUCACUGUGGGGUCUCCAGACUCCGCUCUCCAAUCUGGAUUAGAGAAGAAGCCUAUGUUUACACCGUCUGGACCCCAGUUGUGGAAAGGGUUCAUCUUUAUGCAGGAUGUUGCGAAGUUUGUCACCACAGCUUAUCGUGUUUCAGGACCAGAGGUCAAACUGGAUCUGCCUGACACUAUCCACGUGUGUGGUAGGAUAGCUCCAGAACAAGUCUGGGAUUACCUGUCGAAGAUGAAAAAGAUUGGCACUAGGGACAUCUGUAUUUUGCGGUUCAUACCUGGAAAAGAAGAAGAGAAGACCUCCUAUAUUAACUUAUAUUCCUACCUAAACAGUCGGUCACGAUGUGGGGUGGUCGGAAACUGUGCCAAAUACAUAAAGGACUUCUACCUUCUCCCUCUAGCCUCCCACAGCAAAAUUCCAUCAAUAUUAUUGCCCUUUGAUGGACCAGGGUUAGAAGACAACCGCCCACACAUGUUGCUGGCAGUUAUUGUGAAGCAAAAGACGAAACGACACGGCAGCGACUCUUCCAAACAGCCAUAUGAUCCAUCAGAUCCUAAGAAAUCCAGGUCGUCUCAUGACAAAGAAUCACGUCGACAUAGUCUGCAUUCCUCUGAGUCUUUUACAUCUCCUCCACAUUCUUACUCUCCCAGUGUUAAGACAAAAUCCAGAAAAUCAUCCCCAAGGUUGACGCCCACUAGUUCCCAGCGCGGGAAAGGCACGCCUAUGUCCUCUACCCCCUCCACUACACCGUCCUCCUCCAGCAUCACACCUGGUAGUGCUAAUGCCACUCCUGGGACGUCAGAGAGUAAGGACCCUAUUGUCAAGUUUUAUGGCUCCGGGGAACUCUUACCAGUUGAGAAAACACCUGAGGAUGACACACCCUACUCACCAGGCGGUGGUGUUGAAGGAGAUAAUGAGGACCCCUAUGAUCCUGAGAGUGUCAGCUUUGACAAAGCUGAGGAAAGUAAGCAAGGCAGUGCAGCCUCAAGUUCCAGCAACAGUGUGGCACAAAUGAUAGAAAAAAUUGCCCAAAGUGAUAAUCCUGCUGAAAUGACAGCCAUCAUGGUGGCUACCCUUGCCACAGCCACAUCUCUACGUGACAAACAGAUGUUGCUGCUGGAACUCACACAGAAAGUAAAGGAACAGAAGGAUCUGCUAGAGGCCAAACGCAAGAAAAAGGAAACUCCAGUUGUAGCUUCUAGUGCCACACCAGCAAUGGCUUUGUCAACUUUGACCUCAGCCAUUAGUGCUAUAACUACUGUUUCCAAGCAACUGUCAUCUGAUGGACAUAAAAAGUCCUCCUUAGCAACCGCAGCAGCCCAAUCAUCAACUCCUAAGGCUAAAACACUGGACAAAAAACCAGCUUCUGAGGAACAGAAGACAAGUUCCACAUCUCAUGGUGAUAAUAGUGUUGAAAAUGCGACUGAAGAUAGUAAAGUUGUGGCCACAGUGCCACAGUCAGCAGAGGAAGCUGGUGAAAAGACAGAACAGAUAACAUCAACUGAGCACAGAGAAGAUGAUAAAGACCCCAAGUCAGUGCCAGAAGCCUUGCAGUCACUGUUCUCCAGCAUUCCUGGUAACUACAGCCAUGUAACAAACAUGAAUCUGGAUGAAAACAAGCCACCAAAAGCAUCAUCUCCAGAAUCCGCCAAGCCUAGUAGUGUGCCAGUCAUGGAUCCUGACCCAAAGUCAGCUCCAGAACAGCAGGAACCAGCACCAAGUAUCAUCACUACACGUGUCAAGGGUGGAGGAGAGAAGAAAAAGAGAGUUGGAUUUGAUGUGUCUUUACUCAAAUUUGAUUACGGAGAUUCAGACAGCGAAGGAGAAGAGAGUGAAAGUAUGGGUGAACACAAACCCAAGCCGGUAUAUGAAAACACUACAGCCCCAGAUUUCAUCCCAGGUCUAGACUUGGAUGAAGACACCAUGCCUUCUAAGAUGAUUCCCCCACUUCCUCGUCAUUCCAUUCAGAUGGCAGAUCCUCUUGUUGAGCCUCCUUCUGAGCCUCCAGUAGCACCGCCAGACAUGCCUCCGGACAUGCCUCCACCUCUCCCAUUGGAGCCCCCGCCCCCACCACCAGAUCAUGAUCCAGAUGAUGAAGAAGAGGAAAAUGAGGACAAAAAGGGCAAAGGUAAAGGAGGUAACCAGAAGCCUAAGCCUCCACCUGAGAUUGUGCUUCAGGCUACAGACCCUGUUGGUAGGGUCAUUCUUCAGGCUUCCUUUAAGAAAAUCCAGCAGGCAAUGACAGUUCCGGCCCCACCACUACCACCAUUGCCAGGGAUAGGAAUGCCCACCCAAGGCCCGCCACCCACACACAUACAAAUGCCUCCAAUGUCAAUAUCAGGUAAUAUAGGUGGGCCAGCACAAUAUACUUCUCCUGAAAUGCACUUGCCUCCUCCUGGACCAGGUAUGCCUCCACCAAGGUCCAACUUGCCUCCACCUGGACCUGGUAUGCCCCCAUCUGGACCUUCCUUGGCUCCGCCUGGGCCUGGUAUGCCUCCUCCCAGACAUAACCGUGGAAGACACCCAAACAUGAGUGGGCCAUCAAGGCAUCAAGACCGACGACCUAUCAGCGGUGGCCCUCGGUUACAUGGGGCACCAAGAGGAUCACGACGACCACACAGAAGUCAUAGAUCAAAACAGGGAAUCCCCAGUCUGUUUGACGUUGAUACACAUGACUACAACCGCAGGACUGGUAACUGGAGAGAGGAAGAGUUGCAUGAAGACUCGCCAGAUUGGUCACUUGAUCAGGACAUGAGGCAGGCACAGGAUCAGGAUUUCAGAAGGAUACAGGAUCAUGAUGAGCGUAUUCGACCAACAUCUUGGAAAGAGUUUAAGGAGAUGUCUAAUUCACCCGUGAUGGAAGAUGUGGACCACAGAUGGUCAGACAAACAUGGACGCAAACCUAGGGUGCCUCUCGCUCUGCAAGAACAAUCCCAUUUGCCUCCCUUGCCUGCAUCAUCAGACAUUUUGGAGGACAGUGAUAUGAGGAACUUUGUACACAAUGUGGAGGACAGAGACUACAGAGUGAAAAGUGAUAUGUCCUCAUCACUGGCUCCAACAGAGGACCAGGACAUGAGGCUUCAACCUCCACCCCAUAAAUACUCCCAGGAACAAUCAGAUUCAGACUUUAGUGAACCAAAACUGAAGAAAGCCAAAUUAAAAGAGGAUGAUACUUAUUCUCCCAGUUCCUCACAAUCCCUUAUUGUUCCCUCCCAAGCCGUGACACAUUCUCAGUCCUCCUCCCCAAGUCCUAGUCAUGCACUGCCACCUGGUGGUGAAAAACUUGAGGGACCAAAAACUGUGCCAUCAAAUGUCUCCAUGGCAGCACCUGAUCAGCAGAGACCAAGAAUGCCCAUUAGACCUUUAAUGGAGAUGGGUUCUCCCCAUGGCCCCAACCCCCUAAGGGGUCCACCCACAGAGAUCAUUAGACCGAGACCUCCACUGCCUCGACUUCCACGAAAUCAGCCAGCACCUCCUGGUGUUGAUGACUGGGACUAAAUCGUGUAAUAUUUUUAAUGGUAUAUCUCAUCUCAGAAAAACUGUAUCUAGUCAAUCUUACUGUCAUUGCACUGACAUGUCGGCAGUUCUCAUUCAUUUUCAUUACAAAUUUAUUUUAAAAUAGCCUGACCUCAGUCAAGCUCCAUUAUCUAGGUAACAUUCUCUCCUUAUAAAUAGGAGAUGCAGCAGCAGACUUGUUUUUCUGAUUAUCGUGUCAACAGUUGUGAUGACUACAGAUGAACUGUAGUGAAGGUGCAUGUUCCUCAAAAACUAUAAACCAUCUUUCUUUAGCUUUCAGUUUAAUUUCACAAAGUUAAACAAAUAAUUUGAUUGAAGUAAUUUUUUUUAAGUAAAUUGUGAUGGAAAUCAUUUUGUAAAAGUUUAUCAGAUUUUAUGAUACAAACAAUUUCACAGACGUUGAUUCUUGCAAUUGAAACAAUUUUGCAUAAACUACAAGAAGUAAAGUAUGAUACAGUCUGUUAUGAAAAUGUUCACUUAUUUUAGUAUGAUAUAGUCUGUUUCAGAAAAGUACAAUUAGGUACUUCAAUCUGUUAUGAAAAAGUUUUUUUAGAAAAGUUCAUAGCCAUGAUUGAUUUACAGUAGUAAUAUCACUAUUGCUAAAGGUGAUGAUCAAGGAUAUAUGUGUGUCAGAAAGAUUCACUGACAAUAUAAAGAUAAGACAUGCAGAAAUUAUUUGUCUUGUACAUAUGAGCUUUCAUAGUCUUGUAUAUAUUUAAAGAAGAUUUUAUGUAAAAAAAUUGUUUGAUAUAUUGUGUUUAAUUUCUGAAGUUAAAAAAAUCACUUUAUUUAUAUUUGGUUUGAACAUCUGAAGGUAACAAGUUUAAAGUUAAUCUAUAAUAUUUUACAACAGAGAGAAAACAUUAUUUGGCUUGUAAGUGACAAAAUAUUUUAUACAAAGCAUUACACUCCAACUGUCCAUUGUUGGAUAAGCAUACAACAUAAAUUAUUGCUGUAUUGAGGAAUAUUGAAGAUAUUUUAUUAAAGACACAUGUGUUGUGGGGACUGCAUUACGCUUUAAAUCUCAGCAUUUAUCAUUACAUGUGGACUACACAUAACUUAGGACCUGUGUCUGUGGUGAGAUGGCACCACACAUGACUUAGGACCUGUGUCUGUGGUGAGAUAGCAGCACACAUAACUUAGGACCUGUAUCUGUGGUGAGAUAGCAGCACACAUGACUUAGGACCUGUGUCUGUGGUGAGAUAGCACCACACAUGACUUAGGACCUGUGUCUGUGGUGAGAGCAGCACACAUGACUUAGGACCUGUGUCUGUGGUGAGAUAGCACCACACAUGACAUAGGACCUGUGUCUGUGGUGAGAUAGCAGCACACAUGACUUAGGACCUGUGUCUGUGGUGAGAUAGCAGCACACAUGACUUAGGACCUGUGUCUGAUGAGAUAGCACCACACAUGACUUAGGACCUGUGUCUGUGGUGAGAUAGCAGCACACAUGACUUAGGACCUGUGUCUGUGGUGAGAUAGCAGCUCACAUGACUUAGGACCUGUGUCUGUGGUGAGAUAGCAGCUCACACUACUGGUAACAAUUAAAGGGAAGUAACUCCUCACAAGAUUUCAGAUUGAAUUGUACUAUAUAUUAAUGAGUAUGUGUAUUUUUGCUAAAAUGUGAUUUUUUUUAUUUAAGAAGAAGAGUAAAGCUUUGUAACAGUAUAGUAUAAAGAUAACAGAGGACAGUUCACCUCUAGGGAGUUAUAUAUUUUACAAGAUCCCCCUGUGCUGUUGGAUAACUCUAUAUCAAAGUUUAAGAAGAUCCUACUUAUACAAAAUAGAGCAAUGUUUAUGCUUGAUACAACUUGAAGCAACUUUUUUAAAGUGAUUGUCAUAGUAGUUUUUAUGAUUAUUUGACACAGUGUACCUCCUCAGUGUUUAGUGAUCUAGAAUGCAAAUUACUUCAGAUAUACCUACUGUGUGAGGGUCAUAGCAUGGACGUUGUGUAAAGUAUCUGAUGAACCACUCUACAGAUUUGUGCAAAUUGAUGUCAUCACAUCAGUGGUUUACAUCUGAUUUAUGGGGAUCAUCGGUCAAAUUUUAAAGAUCAAAGGACAUACUUGACCACUUUGGAAAGGCAAAAAGUGUGAACAAGAUAUUUCUGGUGAAACUCCCAACAGAUUCAGUCCAUGUGACACAGGUUUGGGAUGAGAUUUUUAGUGGUCACUGGUAAAGGUCAUAGGGUUACAGGAGGGUUUUUUUUUUUAGCUCACCCGGUCUGAAGCAAUUUCAGCUAAGCAUGUUAGGUGAGUGAUACAGGCCCUAUGUACCUCUUGUUUAGGAAUUUGAAUUAACACCAUUCUUUGUGUGUCUGGUCUGUGCUGUAAGGUAUAUCUAAGUAAUCACAUUGUGACAAGUCAGUUACAAUUGAAAUUAUAAACUAGAAAAUGUCUGAAAUAAUAAAAGUGAAAGGUCCGAAAGAGAUGAUUUCAUACUUAAAUUGACAAGUUGAUUUAACGUACAUGAAUUUAGAAUUUUGUUCUCUGGAAAAAAUGAGGGAGUAUAUUAGUUCCUUAUGCCUUAAAACCCACAAGUACCAAAUUAUGUAGAAAAAGGAUGAUGUUCCUCUUUUUUGAGUUAUCUCCCCCUUGUGGCCAUCUUUUUUUAGAAUGCCGAGAAAUUCAACACUGCAUGAGAAUUACAGAAUCCGCAUCGUGAAUAAUUUAAAGCAAAAAGUUCCUGGUUUAUAUUCAUUUUUCAUGAAAAAAAUUGAUUUGUCAAUUUUGAUAGAUUCCUAUCUUUUAACUGAAUUUGAAUCCUGCGUCAAAAGAUUGUUUUAUUGAUAUAAAGCUCACCAUACAUAGGAUGAUGACAACUGGAGUUCAAGUUCUAAAAUUUAUAGACCAUCAUGAGUUAUCAGGAAGUGAUGAUGAUAAAAACAUAAAAAUUCAUGUUUUAUAAUACUCAAUAUCGACCAGAAUUACUUGCCUUUGUCUUACUCUUUCAGGUUUCCAUAAAAAUCCAAAAAGGAUUAACAAAUUUAUAGUUAUAUCUGGUGACAGAUUCGCUUAUUUUUCUUAAACAGUUUGAUAGAUUCAAAUGUUGCCAACAGUUUGAACUUCAUCAAUGUAUCUGAUGUGUUGAUAGAUUCAGAUGUUGUCAACAGUUUGAACUUCAUCAAUGUAUCUGAUGCAUGACUAAUUCUGUACGAAAUACAAAACAUUAUUCUCUGGUAAAAAUCAUUCUCGACAAGUUUUAAACUAUUAAUAAAAUGCCAAAAUGAAAUACUGUUGUUUAACAGAUAAUCUUAAAUGUCUGCAACCAUUUUUUCGGUGUUUUAAUGUAAAUCAUGUGAAAUCUACUUUUUAGGACCCGGAUAUGUUAAAACAUUUGCAGAAAUGUUUAAGUUUUCCCCUCGUUGUUUUAAAACUUGAAUACAUUUUAUUAAACCUGAUUCUUGCUGCCACGGUAGAUUAUCCGUUAUUUUCAAUGAUGUCUUUAGCCCAACUGAAAAGGGUAGAUAAAUUGGAUGAUUGUAUACCAACAUUGUGCAUUCCAAAUAGUUGUAGAAAUCCAUUCAUUGAUUAAUGUAAAGGAAUGGAUACUUGUUACCGACAUAUUCAGAGUCAACGAGACGUUUGUUUUAAUUGGUGCUAUGAAUCUAGCAUCUACUCUACACUGAUUUUGUGUUCCUAGACAUUGCUCGCUAUUCUGUUGGUUUUUAAUUGCAAUUCAUGUGUUCAUAUAUCUGUGUAGCAUUAUGGAUAGUGCAACACUAUAUGUUGAUAUUGUUAUGCAGAUAAAUGCUGUUCAUGGUUAUGUUGUUAGGACUGUUGUUGCCGUCAUGUUACCUAUGAACUACGUUUUGUAUGUUUCCCAUCAACCGUUUUGUGAAAUUAUGACAGUAUCAUUUCCAGUCUAUAUUGUCAUUGAUCAUGUGAUACACAAGUAAAAUUUUAAAGUAAG